UCUUAGAUUUUGAUUUGUUCCCAUGCAUCAAUGCAUUUACACAUUGCUCGUAUCCUUAUUUGUUUUAUUUAUCUUUUAAUCGUUAAAUUUGUAGUUAAUUUAUUUUCUUUAUAGGACAAAUCUCGGUUACUUAUCUCAUCCGAUCAUUUAUGUGAUAUAUAUUCUUACAAGAUUUAGUCUCUCUCUCUCUCUCUCUCUCUCUCUCUCCCCGAGUAUAAUACUUGUCCUUCGUAAAGCAAAGAAGCAAAGCAUCUCAUCCUCUUACACAUACAUACACACUCUUCACAUUGUCUUUUGCAUUUUCUUACAAGUAUCGUUCCUUUUCUUGGCUUUGAAUUCAUCUCCCCUCUCUCUCCCCCCCUUUAUCCUUUUGCAUUCAAAAUUUUAUAUUCCGAUCAAAUCAGCUAAUGGGUAUUUAUCUUUACGAGCAAGAAGAACAUGUCUAAAGCCUGGAAUCUCUCCCUUCGCUUCAUCAUAUCUUAAAAUCAUCUGACUCCGGUUUCAAAAAUCGAAACUUUGUCGUCUCCGAAAUUUCAUCUCUCAUCCUGUGUUGUGGGGAUGCUUAUGUAUGUUACAGAAAGAUCGCACGAAUGUUUUUCUCCCAAUGUCUCAUUCUGUGAUUGCUGUUUCUCAGUUUCUCCUUCCAUAAACGCGUCUUCUUCUUCCUUCUCAGCUUCUGUUUUAUUUCUUUCAUUCUUUUUUUUCCCUCCACUAUUCUUUGCUACAAAUUGAUUGAGCCUUUUUCCUAUUACAAAACCCUGAAUCUUCUUUCCUCCUGAGAUUCUUGUCGGAAGCCUCUGCAUUUUUUCAAGAAACCGAGAUUUGUUUAUUUACAGAGAUUUUUUUCCUUUGUUUCCUUUAGACCCUUUUGUUAAAGCAAUGAGUUCUUCAUCUUCUCUGUCAUCAUCAUAUACAGAAUCAAAAGACUCAUGGCACCCUGCGGUGACGGCGAACACAACGAAAUCAAGCUACUGGUUCAACUGGAGGGUCUUGAUAUGCUUCGUAUGGAUGGUCAUAGCGAUGGUCUCGACGGCGUUUUUGGUAUUCAAAUACGAAGGUUUUCGCAGGAAACGUGACGACAAUGAGAAGGAAUGGGGAGGAAAUGUCUACGAGGACGAGACAUGGAAGCCGUGCCUUCGUGGGAUUCACCCUGCUUGGCUUCUUGCUUAUCGUGUCGUCGCCUUCUUCAUCCUUCUCGUGAUGUUGAUCGUCAUUGGCCUCGUCGAUGGUCCCACCAUUUUCUACUAUUACACCCAGUGGACAUUCGCCUUGAUCACUCUCUACUUUGGGCUUGGAUCGCUUCUCUCUCUGCGAGGAUGUUACCAUCACAACAAAAGAGCGGCCGGUGAACGAGUGGGUAACUUGGAGAUAGACUCCGAACAUGGAAGAUCCAAAAAUCUCCAAGCCCUUCAAGACGGCCGUGACAGGAAACCUGCAGGUGUUUGGGGUUACAUUUUCCAGAUAAUUUUCCAGAUGAAUGCAGGUGCAGUUUUGCUCACUGAUUGCGUAUUCUGGUUCAUCAUCGUCCCCUUUCUUGAGAUCCAUGAUUAUAGCCUCAAUGUUCUGGUGAUCAACAUGCACUCCCUCAACGCCAUUUUCUUGCUCGGUGACGCCGCAUUGAAUUCGCUGAGAUUCCCAUGUUUCAGAAUCGCUUAUUUCUUCCUCUGGACCGUAGCUUUCGUCGUAUUCCAAUGGAUCCUCCACUCCUUAGUUCACAUCUGGUGGCCUUAUCCAUUCCUGGAUCUAUCAUCUCACUACGCUCCAUUAUGGUACUUCUCAGUUGCAGUAAUGCACUUCCCAUGCUAUGGGGCAUUUGCCUUGUUGGUCAAGCUGAAACACCGACUCCUUCAAAGAUGGUUCUCCGAGUCUUACCACUGUCCAAGGUAGCUUGUGUUACAAGCAACCACUUUGAUUGGCCAACGGAAUAAUGUAUCAGAGAUACAUUUUUUGGAAGGUAGACAUCAACAGAACUGCGAUGCAAGAAACCUCGCUGUAUUAAUUCUUUGCUUUUAUAUAUAUAUAUAUAUAUAUAUAUAUAUACAGCAGUCCCCGGUGAAGUAGAAGAUGAGAGAUAAUAGUUGUAACUAUACAAGCUUGCUGAAUAUAUAUAAUGCAUAUAUAUAUAUAUAUAUAGACACGAGUAGAAUGGUGAAAGAUUAAAAUUCAUUCACCAAAGGAAGGAAAUAUUUGUUUUUAUCUUCUUUUUUCGCAAGGAAAUAAUGAAAGAAACAUUAAAGAUGAGAAUACUUGGUGAAUCCCAAGGCAUUUUAUGAAUUGGGCAAAUUAUCUGAACAUGGAGAUUUUACCAGCACAGGCACAGGGGUGUUUUAGCACCAAAGUAAAAUACGAGGCUCUUUUGCACAGAUUAUAAUCUGUAGGGGGUGAAAGAGGCUAUUAACUCAAAGUUAUUUUGUGAGGAUCAUGCAACUGGCUU